CCUUUUUUAUACGGCUGCUUUUAAAAACCCAACAGUGACUUUACAAAUUUGAAGCAAUGACUAAUGACUAUGAUUACAUAUUACACACACACACACUCACACACACACAGUGGCUGUUCUCACCAUACCCAUCAUCAUCAUCAUACAGUUCAACCCCUCCUCCUGCUGUGGCCACUUCCUCUGCUGGAGUGGUUUAAUCGUGUAGGUGUAAAAACAGUUUCACAAUGAACCACCAAACUAGAUCUUUCUUCAUCUUCAAGAUCAUCUGCUAUACUUUUCACUCUCCAGACUUGUUCUUCUUACAUUUGUUUUUUUUUUAAAUUAACUUUUCUUUUGCCAUGAAACUAGGAGGUCACACAGAGGGCUGGUGGAUUUUCUUCUUAGCUGCCACGAUCCCAGGUUUUCAUCUCCAGAGAAUUCACAGCCCUGUCUACCAGUCCAUUCUACAGUCGUUUGAAACACUCCCACCAACAGGGACCUACACACUAAGAAAGGCUGAUGGGACGACCUGCGUUAAAAUCACAAUGGGAGUUCAGUACGUCAUCUAUGAAAAGAAGACCUGGUACUAUAGUUUGGACCCGUCCAGGAUCAGAACAGAUGGUCACUGUGGCAAAGAAGAAGCUGUUCUCUCUUUGACUCUCUCAGACAAUGCUGCUUUUCUGCAGUUCACCAUCGCAAAGGACAAGAAUGUUGUUUACAUCGCUAAACUGACUGCUCACUUGUCUCCUUUUCCUGUGUGCCACGGAUGUGCCAACAAGACUUACUUUGGCUUGUUGGACCACAGCAAAUUGUUUAUAGCAGCUCACGGUGGGACCUUCAAGUGCAAAUCGGAAAAUGUGCUUUUAAUGUCAUCUGAGAUGAAGCUCAGGUUGGUUCCUCUGCAGAUACAGGCCUUUACGCUGCCCACUGGACCUCACGGCAAUGACGUGGAGUGCUUAGCUGACUAUAACAAGCGAAUCACCUCUGUCGCACUGGUGGCCAUUGCAGUUGGAGUGGCCCUGAUGGUGGUGCUCAUAUUCCUGCUCCGCAGAGAUCAUCAGUAUCUUCAAGAAUAUCAGAGAAUAUAAGCCAUUUGUUUCAACAUUUGAGGAACAUUUUAGACUCCAUGACUAUUACCCCAGUGUCAAUUUUUUUCAUCUUUUGAUAUUUCUUCAGGUCAUAUUUCAAGUUUUGCAAAUUUCCUGUCUGCUAGGAUCCCACUCUUACUUCUGAUGCCAUUUAAUAAACGUUUUGUGACAGUGAGAACUGCUGUAGAUCAAACAAAGUGGUGAACUAAUAAAGAUAUGUCCUUCUUUUGUUUAGCAGAA